GAGCAGCGCAGUCAUUAGCACAGGAACCACGGAGGCAUCAGGGGUCAGAUCCGGGGGCUCUCCGCUCAGUGUGCUGGAGCCAGAAAAUGGCCAUGCACCCUCGUCGAGUUCGUUUAAAGCCAUGGCUGGUGGCCCAGGUCGACAGCGGAAUGUAUCCUGGUCUUACGUGGUUAGACAGAGAGGCCAAGAGGUUUCAAAUCCCAUGGAAGCAUGCGACACGUCACAGUCCUCAACAUGAAGAGGAGAACACAAUCUUCAAGGCAUGGGCUGUGGAGACCGGCAAAUAUCAUGAAGGCGCAGAUGAUCCUGAUCCAGCCAAGUGGAAGGCCCAGCUGCGCUGUGCACUCAACAAGAGUCGGGAGUUCAAACUCAUGUAUGAUGGCACCAAAGAAGUUCCUAUGAAUCCAAUAAAAAUUUAUGAGGUCUGUGACAUACCUCAAUCUCAAGGAUCCAUAAUUAACCCAGGUUCAACUGGAUCCUCACCAUGGGAUGAUGAUGAAUAUGAUGAAGAAGAUAUAAACCAGUCUCAACUUCAUGUUCCAAUCCAAGAGCCAUUCAAUGGAUUAACUAUUCACGAUUCUCCGAUGGCCCCUGCCAGCAUUGGAAGUUGCACUCCAGAGCCAAAUUGGCCGAAAUCGGAGCCACAAGAUAUGGAAGUCCCACAGACCCCAGGAGCGGUUGAGUUUUUCAACACUCCUGAGUUGUGGAUUAGUUCUCUGCCAAUGACGGAUUUAGAAAUCCAGUUUUUGUACAGAGGGAAAGAGAUGGGCCAGACAAUGACUGUCAGUAACCCCCAAGGUUGCCGAUUAUUCUAUGGAGAUCUGGGUCCAAUGCCCAAUCAGGAAGAGCUCUUUGGUCCCAUAAGUCUUGAACAGGUUCGAUUCCCUGGUCCAGAGCAAAUAGUAAAUGAGAGGCAGAAGCUGUAUACCAGCCGCCUUCUAGAUGUCAUGGACAGAGGCCUUAUCUUAGAAGUGAGUGGACAUGCCAUCUAUGCCGUAAGGCUGUGCCAGUGCAAGGUAUACUGGACGGGACCUUGUUCUCCUUCUCCAAACAUUCCGAAUUUGAUUGAAAGGCAGAAGAGAGUGCAGCUUUUCUGCCUGGAGACAUUUUUAAGUGAACUCAUUACACAUCAGAAAGGAGGCGGGGCUAAGCAUCCACCAUUUGAAAUCUACUUGUGUUUUGGAGAGGAGUGGCCUGACGGUAAACCAAAGGAGCGCAAACUUAUCAUUGUUCAGAUUAUUCCAGUGGUGGCCCGGAUGAUUCUUGAGAUGUUUUCUGGAGAGGUCACUCGCUCCUUUGAAAGUGGAAGCGUUCGUUUGCAGAUUUCUGUUCCUGAUAUCAAAGACAACAUUGUCGCUCAUCUCAAACAUCUUUACCGCCUUUUACAGAACCACCAGAGCCCCGAUGGUUGGCCAAUCAUGCAGCACCCAAACAUGCAGCAAGCGGCUUUGCAGGCAACACAUUUGCAGCCAUCAAACCUUCAUAUGGCUCAGGCACUGCAAGCUCAGUGAUGGCAUGUGUACAUAACUUGGAGGACUGCCUGAGAAGAAGGAGCCCACAUUCUCCUUUGAGGCUGGAUUACUGGGGCAUAGAGUACUCUUACCUUAAUAUGCAGCCUUAUAGAUGUAGCCCUGGAGAAGAUAAGGGAGUCUGUAAAUUACUGUUUCUGUGCACAAGUCACUUAGAGUACUUAACCAAUGCUUAUAAUAGCACAUAUUCAAAAUAACAUUUUAUAUACAAUUAUUUUUCUUUUUGUAAAUGUUCUAACUCUCCUGAUAAUAAGCAUCAGUAUAUAUAUAUAUAUAUAUAUAUAUAUAUAUAUAUUACCCAAAGUGCCUCGAGAAAGCUGGAAUUUCUAUGGCAUAUACAGCAAUCAUUCAGCAGAUUUUAGCAGCCACCGUGGUCAAUACUUAUUUAUUAUAUUAAUGUGUCAUACGGCAUUAUAACCUUGCUAACUUGUGAAAUAUUGAAUAAAACGGAUGCUUUGUUAUCACAUUCACUGCUGUUAGUGCAAGCUUUGCUGCAGAUAAGGCUUUUGUACAAAAUUGCUUUCUAAAAUACGCAAUUCCUACUUGCCUUUUUUUACUGUUUUUAUUUUGUAAAAAGUAAA